AUGAAAAUAAAUAGGUAAUAAGAAAAUGAGCCUUUAGAUUUUUCUAAUUUAGGAAAAGUUUUAGCAUACUGCUAGAAUUUAUCAUAUUUGGAAAUUGAUUUGACAAAUAUGAGAGAAAGUGGUGAAAAAACUUUAGAAGAAUUUUUCUUAGCUUUAUCAAAUAUAUCUAAGUGUGAAAAGCUCUCAACCUUAAACUUAAACUUCAAUGUUAUGAGAGUGAAUAGGAAUUCCCUUUAUCCUUUGCUUUCUCCAUUAAUUGAUUAAGAAAACAUAACAAAAAUAAAAAAUUUGGUAAUUAAUUUAAGAUAUAAUGAUCUUCUUAUAAGUGGAGCAACAAGUGCAGGAGUUAUGCUUUCAAAAUUCAAAAAUUUAUAAUCCCUUAUUCUCUAUAUUAGUGGCAAUAGUAUUGGUGACAGAGGAUUAUCUAAUUUAUGCUUAAACUUAGAUUGGUCUAAUCUUACAUCAAUAAAAUUUUCGUUAACGAAUGAUAAAAUUGGAGAUAAAGGAAUAUCUAAAUUAUGCUCUGUUUUAGAAAAAUGCUAAAAUCUGACAAAUAUUUGCUUGUUUCUUUCACAAAAUUAAAUUGCUUCUCAAGGAGCUUCUAAAAUAAGUGCUAUUAUAAAAAAAAGUGCAAAUCUUGAAAAAUUAGAUUUAGAUUUAUGUAAUAACAAAAUUGGUGAUUUUGGUGCUUCUCACAUUAAUUCUGCUUUAGCAAGCUGCACAAAUUUGACGAAAUUAUAUUUUUCACUAGGACAGAACAAAAUUACUGAUAAAGGAAUAUCAUACAUAAGUAAUGGUCUCUCGAAAAUGACUAAAAUUUCUGAACUAAGUUUAGAUUUAAGUUACCUUUGUUACAACAAAGACUAAAUUAUAAAUAAGAUUGGUUAGUAAGGUGUUUCAGCACUUGGUAGCUGUUUGUCUAGUUUUUAGAAUUUACAAAUUCUAAGUUUGAUUAUUGGAGAAACUACUCUUGAAGUUAAUUCUUUUGAACCAAUAGUCAAAUCUUUUUCCAAACUAAUAAAUAUUUCUGAUUUACAUCUUUAAGUUAAAGACGGAUUUAAAACAAUCAACGAAAAAGACCUAAUUAAUCUAGCAUAAAGUAUAGAACAAAGUUAAAAUCUUUAAACAUUAGCUUUAGUAUUUAAUAAAAUCAUUACCACCGAUGAGGGAAUGUAAAGAUUAGCAAACUCUAUUAAAAAAUGCUCUAAUUUAGCUAAUUUGACAAUUUCUUUAGAAAAAUAUACAGAUAAUGUUGCAGCUUAUCUAUGUGCUGAGUUAUCAAAUUGUCCAUGUUUAAAAACUUUAAGCCUUUCAUUUGAUUAUGGAAUAAGCGACACAGCUCUCUCUGAUAUUGGCAAAGAGAUUGCAAAAUGUAGUUAUUUGAAUACAUUAAAAUUAUGUUCAAAAUAUUUUACAGCUAAUUAAUAUACACAUUAAGGAGUAUUUGUAUUUAUUAGUCAUCUAAAGAAACUGAAGAAACUUUUUCUAGUAUCUCUAGCACUCUAGUAAGUUAAAUAAAUUAUUAAUAUAAAAAUAUUAUUUAAAUUCUAAAAAUAUAGUAAUAUGUAUCAUAAAGAUAUAAUUUAAAGAAAGCUUAUGUCUAAGUGUAUUAGGUUAGUUAAAUGCUCUCAAUAUAAUUUUUGA